GUUUGCUGUGCCUUCCGCUUAAUCUGACCUUGAGGCGCAGGACUGUAGUUUGCUGUGCCUUCCGCUUAAUCUGACCUUGAGGCGGUUUGGAACUCGUAGCAGUGGCAGAAAUGUGUAGGAUGUGAGAAAAAUCAAUUAUAUUGAAAUCAGCCAGACUGCCAGCUCCCCUCGCCGGGCGGCCGACCUCUUUUUUUGCGGCAUGCGAGGGAUGCCUAGUGUCUUACAGGCCGCUAGCGCACGGGGCUUUAAGCUUUAGCUUUUGGACUUGCUUUGAGCGCUGGGUUAAGCAGUGGGAGAGGGCGCAAUAGCAAGCGCACGGAACGCGUGAAGUCCGAGGAGACAAACACAAAAACCUCGGCAAUGCGCCGCGUCCCGGACGCCUACGAGGAGAACGUCGCGCCAGGGUCCACUCCGCGCAAGCAACAGACGCGCACGCAAACGCCGGCCACGAUCCUCCAUCCGACUCAACAGCUGUCCCAGCCGCUCGCGCCGGCCACGAUCCUCCAUCCGACCCAGCGAGUUAAUACCCCAGACACCGAACUGGUGCCGACGCAGCUGGCGCCGACGCAGCCGGCGACGCCGCAGCGCGACCGGGCCGCGCGAGCGCUCUCGUUCGGCGCCGCGACGCCCUUCGUCGCAAAAAACUCGAGGGAGGGCUCCGCAUCCACGCGCCUCUCGUCGGCGACGCCCAGCCCCACGCCGCCUGCGCCGCCGCCCGCCGCCGAGGACGACUUGGCGGCCUCGCUGAGCGACCGCCUGCGAUUCGCGUCGCCCGGGGAAGACGUCACCUCGCCGGCGUCGUCAGAGGAGGAGGAGUCGGGUAGCUGGCUGCCGCGCGCGAAGCACUCGCCGGUGGUCGCGCCGGAGUCGCCGCCGUCGGCCGCCGCGGAGCCGUUGUUGACCCCGCCGUCGCCGCCGACGCCGUCGCCACGCCCGGCGCAGCGGCCACCGCGGUCGCUCGCGCGACGGCUGAGGACCCUCGAGCGUUCCGGCUCCGGCGCAGCUGUCGGAGCGCCGCCCCUCGCGAAAGGCCGGAUCGCCAAGGCCGUGGCCGACCUCAUCCGCCGCGACGAGGAGGACGCGGGGCCGACGCUAGUGCUCGCCGCGUCUGGACCGGCGGCGGAUGAAUGGAUAGCGGCGCUGACGCUCGCUCUAGGGCCGCACUGCGACGUCCUCAAGCACGCGACGACUGCCGCGGCCCUCAGGCGCAACACGCCCGCUCGCCUAGCGCGGAUGACAUGCGUCGUCGCCACCUAUGCCCAGGCGUCGCGCGCGGACCCGCGGGAGGCGCGGACCGCGCCGGCGUCCGAGUGGCUUUCCUCGGCGCGGCCCGUCGCGCAAGCGCAGGACUCCGUGCUCCAUCGCCUGACCUGGCACAGGGCGGUCUACGACGAAGCCCACUCGUUGCUCGGCACGUCAAAACGAGCUCGAGCGGCGGAGACGCUCGACGCAAACUUUUCGUGGGCCGUCUUCGGACCCGUGACAUUGGACCAGCUGUCGCGCAAGCCCGCGCAGCUCCGGGCCUUGGCCGCACUCGUCAAGUAUCCUCGCGGGGCGCCCCUCGCGCGGCUCCUCCUCGAGAGGACGGUUCGCCUCGACGACUGAUUCUAAGUCUGCGGCGUGUGUGUUC